GACACGGCUGCAAGUCGAACCCGACGAUAAAUAAAAUUACUCGCCCAAUACGGAUUUUACUCGCAUGAUACGUUUUUUUUCACGGCGUCAUGUGACCAAGAUCUGACCAAUUAGAUUUCAACAAUUUUGUCUGAGGCGUGAUAUUUACCAGUAUGUGAUUCACAAAAAGACAAAUGAAUCUUGAAAGUUUUACUAUAUUUUCGUUUAUAUAUUCCUUAUACAUAUAUAUUUGUGUAACCAACUGUUUAUUUUCGAUUACUAAUGUAAUACCCGUAUUUUCACCCAGAUGUAUGUUUCCGAUCAUAAUUCCCUUAUUUAUAUAUCUACGUUUGUAUGUGAUCAUCAGUAAAUUUUGAAUUGUGCACGCAAUGUAUCCAACCAGAUGCUAGUACUCAGUGCAUAUGUACGUGCGUGAGUCAAGCAUUCAAUACAGGAAAAAUAUUCGACUUUGAUAUCUCCCAUGAUUGGAGACAUCCUCAUUGGCAUGGGCGAAGUGUGUCGCAGUCUGUAUAAUGAAAUGACAACUUGUUGUAAAGUUCUGUCGAGUUGCAAACGGAAUUUAUCAUUUUGUUUCUUGGAUUUAUCAAAAUAAUGAGAAUCUAACAUUUUCGGCAAGUACACAUCUCCGGUACCUGUUGAAUAGAUGUCUACAUUUGAUGCGGUAUUUUGGAAUUACAAGAAUGGAUAGAAAACGGAUGUCUCAGGUGACGCUGAUGGCGAUGCUUCUUACCUUCACCUUCUGGUUUGCAGCCGCUGUCACUCCAGGGUGGAUGAUAGUGUCAAUCACUAAAUCAGAACCAUCUACAGACAAAUCGGUAGAUGAAUCCAUGAUCUUUGGAAUAAGUAUUUUUUACUCCACUUUGUGUAACAGUGGUAUUUGUGAGGAGAUACCCUACGACACUUUUUCUGAAAAGACAAAGCACAUUAUGCUGUCUAACAUUGAUCUGCAAAUCGAGGCUGUCUCUGCUUUGGUUUCGUGUAUGACUGGUCUAUAUCUCCUGCUUUUCAACAAAGGAUCUCGGACUAAAAUUGCAGGUGGAGGAAUUGCCAUUCUUGUUGGUGCUCUGGUGGAAAUAAUUCUGGUAAUCCGAUUGGCUGUAGGUAACUCGAAAGUAGCAAACGCCUUUGACAAAUCCAGAAUCCCAGGGAACCACAUUGAAAUUGGGAUACCAUACUCCCUCAUCCUCGCCGGCGUGGGGCUGCUUUUCAGCAUCAUGGCUGUAAUCUUGAGUUUCCGUUUGUACACAAAAGCACCUAAACACGCCACUCAAGGUCAGGUUCUGAAUAAGUUUCCUGCUUCUUCUAAUGAAUAUACAAACAUUCAAUAAAGUUAGUAAUCGUUCAUAAGAAAUAUGAAUUCUAGCCUUAACAAUUUGCAAUAUGUAUUGAUGUAGAAAGUGUGCUUUUAAUUUCCUCUUUGUUGUUUUUUUAAUGCAGACAUUUGUGAUUUAUGGUUGAUUUUUAUUUAAAUUAACCUUUGUUAAUAAAGUAAAUCUAGAAAAUGCA